AGUCUGCUAUUACGGAAGCAAUGUAAAAUGUCUGACGAACAUAUAGAAAAAGAAAAAGAUGACUUACUGCGUGAAAUUAAUUUCCUCUCAGAUCUCAUAGAAAAGCAUUCCAAAAAUCAAUCAAAAGAAAUUGAACCAGUGUUUCGAAAUCAAACGGUGUCUGUGUCAUCUGGUCAGGAUAAGGGAGACCUAACUUCUGGCCAAAUUCAACUAAAUAAAGAAUAUUUAGUCCCUAGUACUUCAGGAAGUCAUGACAAAACUGUAACGAAUCAAAUGUAUAACAAUGUUUAUAAAUCUCGAUAUAAAUUAGUCAAAUUGCCGUUUAAAAAACCUGCGAAGCUUCCGAUCUACAAAUCUCCCAAUAAUAGAAAAGUCCUAAAGCGUAGUAUAGCGACAGUAUCCAAAUUUAAGAUUCGUCGUCAUGUAAACAAAUCACCAACGAAAAAAUUGUGUAUUUUCUAUACUCGUUUUGGAAAAUGCUCUAGAAAGGAACGAUGUCCAUAUGUUCAUGAUAGCACAAAAGUGGCUGUUUGUACUCGCUAUGCUCAGGGAAAAUGCGUCGAAGAUAACUGUCCAUUCCUACACCAGCUAUCAACAAAUCGAAUGCCAGUGUGCCAUUACUUUCUGAAAGGAGUCUGCAACAAGGAAAAUUGCCCAUACCUGCAUAUAAAUUUAGGAAAAAAUGCCGAAGUCUGCCAGGACUUCGUCAAUGGAUACUGCUCAAAUGGCGCCCACUGCAAGAAACUUCACACAAACAUCUGUCUGAAAGGUAAAAAAUGUAACAACAACCAAUGUAAACUGAAACAUAAAGUAGCUAGACCAAGAAAAAUAUCCAUUUCAACAGAGGAUAUUAAGAAAAAAGAAUUAGACCGGACGACAGUAGAUAAAACGCCAACAGGUAGUCUGUCAUUUAUAUCUUUAGGAUCCCACGACGAUUUGGAAAUCAGCCAUUCGUGCGAUCUUUCUCCCGAAACAUUCAACGAUAUUCAUCCAAAAUUAAACUUUGACAGCGAUUAA